CUGCAGCGGCAUCAGUAGCCGUUCCGCAGUCAGCUGAGACACUUUACCCCGAUGGUUCUCUUCGCUCAACUCGUGUUUGUCGUGCUCGACGUCAAGAAGGACAAGAAGCGCAAGCAUGGCUGUCCUCCCGAGUGUCGCAAACAGCGCUUCAAAGAACCGCAGGGCCAAGAGCGUUACCGUCCUCACACCAGUUGAAGACGUCAAAAAGCCUUACAUGCAAGAGAUUUCUACUACCUUCUUUAACGAACCCUCUGACCUUCACUCUAAGGUUAGAACAUUUGUAAAGGAGUUUAAACAAGUGUGGGAACCAGUUGCCACCCAUCCUGGUGAUGGAACUGAACGCGAGCCGCAAGACCUGCUCUGCAUGACGCAGCAAACAGGCACGGGGGUCGAGCACGCCCCCGGGUACACCUACUGCUGGCUGGCCCACAGUGACCCAGGGGGCGUGGCCUACUAAGGACGCAAUGAGUUCGUCGUCCCAAACGAGGGCUUCUAGAAACUUUUAGAAAACCAAAAUGAACCCUCUUAUGACAUCUUUCAAGAAGGAUCUUGAUCCGUCCAUUUGGAAUCGACAUUCCCUCCGGAAUGUGGAAGUACCUUUGCUCUUCAUUAGUGGUAUUUGUAUCCAACAGAACUAACACGAGUAUAUACCGAUCGUUCGUCUCGUAGAUCUUAGUCUAACACGCACGCUGAAUGACGUGUUCAGGGGUUAGUUCCCUGUAUCAUCAGUGGUUUAGUUUACAACUAAUUGCCUAGUUGAUAGUCAGUUCAUGGUUGCUGGGAAAGCUUCUUUUCUCUUACGUUCGUGUGUUUUUAUUUUAUAAGAAUAAAACUGCUUUGAAAGGAUUUAAAUUCUUUAAUCCUUCCUUGUUACGCUCACGCGAUUUUUUUAUAAAUAUUUCUUAUACCCAAAUAUUAUUAGAUAUGAAAGAGUAAUAAACAGAGAAAUAAAA